AUGUUCGCUAACAAGAAAUUCUACUUUCGUCCAGUCCUCGACGACCAGGAGGAGCCUAUUCCUGCCUACUACCGCUGCCGCUGCUCGGUUGUGCGCCAACAGGCGCCACGGACUGGCUGGAGCAACCUGGCCCAGCACGUCAAGACUCAGCAUCUUGACUACGCUGACUGCAGCCCCAGCCGCUACCGAUACACUAAUCUAGAGCGCAUCAGCCAAGAGACGCUGUACCACGGGUUAGAGAGCGUGAUGCGUCACGUAGAGGUGGCAAUCAAGCCCGACAUGCCGAAGCGGUACGGCUUGAUAACCGAUGGGUGGUCGUUUAACUCGGAGCACUAUCUGGCCGUGUUCGGCUGCUUUGAAAUGGCGGGAACAGCACAAUACCCGCUGCCGGCCAUGGCACCGCUGAUGAACUCCCCGACGAAUGAUCUCUCCGCAGCGACCCACCUGACGUUUCUACGUGAGAUGCUGAUGCGCGACUACAACAAGCGUGUAGAGGACUACCUGUUUACUGUAGGAGACAACUGCUACACUAACCAAUGCCUUGCUAACCUCUUGUGUGUGCCACUGGUCGGCUGUGCAACUCACCACCUGAAUCUGGCGGUGCAGAACUUUUUCCGUGAAGUAUCGGACGAUUUAGACAAAGUCAAGUCGCUGAUGGUCAAACUGAAGAGUUUAUACCAAUCCUCAACACUCAGGUUCAAAACUCCAUUGAGGCCCGUGCUAAGUCAGGACACUCGCUGGAGCUCCACGUUUUGUAUGAUUCACCGCUUCUUUCGACUGCUGGAGUUCAUUAUAGACGACGACGAGCUAGCCGACAACCUGCCCGGUCCAGCUACCAAUCGCCGCUUGCGCAAGCUCCUGGAGGACCUGUCGGUGGUCAAGUCUGUCAGCAAGGAGUUGCAGGCUUCUACGGUAUCACUCCUGGACGUGCGUGUGUACUUCGACAGACUAUUGGAGUCGCUGCCUCCGCUGGCAUCGCAUAUCGAUGCCCGAGCUGCGAUUGUGCACUCACCUCAUUGUGAGGCUGCGUAUGUAAAAGUACUGGACGGCAAGACAGCAGAACUGACGAGGGCCGAGACUGCGUCUCUGCGCCGCUUUGCCGUCCAGUGUGAAGAGACUUCCGUUGCAGCAGCGGUUGACGAUGCUGAGAGCUCAUUUGUUGAGAAGGUGAAGAAGCGUCGUAAGCUAGCUACAAGUGGGCCACCAAGUACGAGUUGA